GCGCUGGGCUCGGCUGCUGGCCGGGCAGGCUUCGCGGGACACCACGGUCUCGGCGCGGGCGGCAUGGAGGAGCGCAGCGAUUCCGAGCCUACCCCGGGCUGUAGCGGCCCUGGCCCGGGUCCCGUUCGCGCUGGCGGCGCCACCCCCCACACGUGGGCUCCGGAGGACGCCUGGAUGGGCACACACCCUAAGUACUUAGAAAUGAUGGAAUUAGAUAUAGGAGAUGCCACCCAAGUUUAUAUAGCAUUCUUGGUUUACCUGGAUCUCAUGGAGAGUAAAAGUUGGCAUGAAGUAAACUGUGUAGGAAUACCAGAACUACAGCUUAUCUGCCUCCUUGGCACUGAGAUAGAAGGGGAGGGGCUACAGACUGUGGUGCCCACACCCAUUUCUGCUUCCCUCAGCCAUAACAGGAUAAGGGAAAUCUUGAAGGCGUCUAGAAAACUGCAAGGUGAUCCAGAACUGCCGAUGUCUUUUACUUUGGCCAUCGUGGAGUCGGACUCCACAAUAGUCUAUUAUAAGCUUACAGAUGGAUUUAUGCUGCCAGACCCUCAGAAUAUUUCUCUCAGAAGAUGACAUCUGUCCGUCUUGAUGCUGAUUUCAUUCGUGAAAGACUGGAUUUGAGGCAUCGGCCUGUUCCGUCUUUUGUCUCAGAGGUGGUCAGGCUUGACUUGCUUGUCCCGACCUAUAAGCUUUCUUUCAGCAUAAAACCUCCUCAAGUGGAAGAAUCUAUAUUGCUUGCAAAUAUAGGGUAGUUAGCCUAGAACUUUACCAGAGACAUUGCAGUUAUAUGCAGGUUUAUACAGGAUAUGUUUAGAGUGGGGGAACCUGUAGGCGCCUGUGCCAACCCACACCUCAAGUCUAUGUAUCCAUGAAGAGUACAUGAGAGAAUGCUACAGUGAGAAAAUGGACACAAGAGCAUUAGAACAUAGUUGUGGGUGCAGAUGACACACCAAGGUAUAAAAGUAGACAAUCAAAUUACCAAUUGUGGUCAUAGUAAGAUGGCAGGGCAGUGAAUGGAUAACUUUGUCUUCUCUCAUCGUUUCAUUUGUUAUUUGUAUUACUUUUAUAAUAAAAUGUUUUAAAAUAAAAAAAAAAGCCUGAGACCUAUA